UUUUAAAAUUUUGAAUUCACUUUCUGGGAACUGAGCACAAAGGGUAAACAGGAAGGAAGAGAGGAAGAGAAACACUAAAUUGUUUAAAAAGCAGCUGAAAAAAUGAGAGGUGGAGGAUUAAUCAAAACUGUUCCUGCCAAAUUAGGAGAAUUGGAAGGUGUGUUGUAAUAUCAUGAAAUGUUUUCUAUACUUUAAUAUGUGCAAGCUGCUUUAGAAAGACUAAUCUCGAAACUAACAGUCGCCACAUGGAAAGCCACAUGAAAGCUUCAAGCUAAAUGAAAGACACAGAGAUCGAGAAGCAAAUGCGUGCAGUUAAAACAGUCAUCUGUUGGAACAACCACCAAUGUAUAGUAUCUUGAGAUGCUUAAUUUUAAAUAAUUCAAUACCCAAAGGGAAAUUUGAGGUCACUGAAAAUCAGUUUCCUCUUCUUUUUCACCAUCAUUUCUUUUUCCACUCAAUGGAAAGCUCAAGUGAGAAGGAGAGUUCCAACAGCUAUGGUAUUAAGAAGACACAAGAAUAAGAGAAAUAAGCAGAAACCGAGGCAGCAUUUGAGGGAGAGGGGAAGAAAUUGGGUGUUCAGUCAACUUCUAUGACAUCCAUUUGGUGAUGUAUAGUUCUCUGGAGCCACCUAGACAUGUCAUGAGAUACAGGAGUAGAGAAGAAGGCUGUUUUUUGGCUGGCUUGGGAGUUUAGCCCUCGCUACAGUUAAUGUGACUUGGAGUUUGGAUCCUCCAGUAAAUGGCUAGGCAUGGAGCAAAGCAACUUUUGGGUUCUCCCUGCAGCUUAGAUGUUUUGCCAAAGGAAAGCUGGGGAGAAGGUUUGUCACAGACCAACUGCCUCUGCCACUCCCACACUGGGUUGCACCUCCCUUUUGAGUAAUCCUAAAGUUUGAACUUUAAAUAGGCUAUACUUUAAAUAAAAUGACCUAUCUUUCAACCCAACAUUCUGAGUGUGGUCUCGUAUUUUUCCAUUUGUUACUUCUCCUGAACGCAGUUAAAUCAUCUGAAAAUAGCUAAGCCUUCAAAAAAAAAUAAGAGAAAAAGAAAUGGCCCUUCCCAUUUCUAAACUUUGCUGUCCACUGAGUAAACAUCAGAAGGUCAUUGGUAAGCAGCCAAGAAUUCAAAACAUAGUGGCUUCACUUCGUUGCCAUGUAUUGGAGUUCCCUUUUUAUAGAGGGCUGACUUCUCCUCAACUUUUGCCUUCUGUCUUCUGAAUCACAGAAGUCUCUCCCUGCUAUAAUAAGCAUUUGCUCUCUUAACAAACUAGCCUUAUAUCUUGAAACAUCAACUGUUGGGUAACCAAUCAGAUUCCGCACUUGCUGGAGAAAUAGAUAUUAUUUCUACCAUCAACUACAGAUGGGUUGUGAAAUUCUACAGCAAAUAGAAGAGCUGUGAAGUGGCCGAAGUUCCACGGAGGAAAACAAAAAGUAGGAUGAGCUCUGUCUUUGAGAUCUUGAUGCUUGGAUUGGUUUUCUUCUCACUAUAUUGGGACGGUAAGUAAGAGAUUGAGAGAACAGAGCUCAGAGACCAUAAGGAAUCCAUCCUGGAUUAUUCUACAGAAUCUUUUCCUUGAUCAAGUGUUCUCUAUUGAAGGGAUAUGAAUUUCUUAUGUUUUCUUUGCAGGUGUGUUGUCUACAACGUAUGAUUACACACUGAAUGUCCCUCAUGCUGUGUCAGUUGAGGAGGGCCAGUCUGUCGUCAUCCCCUGCAAUUUCACGUACCCAGCAUUAACCAGCAAUAAAAUGGCCGAACUGUAUGGAUACUGGUAUGAGGAAGGUAGCAAUAUUGCCUUUGAUCCUCCUGUGGCCACCAACGAUGACCGAAAAACGAUCGCGCAGUACGCUCGCAAGCGCUUUUAUCUACUGGAAGGUCUAAAGAAAGGGGUUUGCUCUUUCAUCAUCAGCAAUGUUCAAGAUGUUGACCAAAAGACUUAUUUCUUCAGAAUGGAGAAAGGAAGAAUAAGAAUAAAUUAUCAUGACUUUCAAACAACUGUGACAGUGACAGGUACGUACCUCUGUAACAACCUCCUUUGUUGUUUUACUCAUUUACAAGCAGGGUUGAUAAAAUUAUACUCUUUGUGGUUUGUGAUGCUUUCUAUUUGCAACAGAAUUCAUUCCGCAGAAGAUGAAAAGUCCAAUUCCAGCUGGAUUUCUGGGGGAAAGAUGACUUUGAUCUUAGUGGAAUCUUCCUGGAAAAUGAAAAAUCAGAUCUGUUUUAUAGCAGUGUGGAUCUUUUUGUCCAAAGGUGUGCUAAGCCAGCAUGCAGGUUAUACACUGACAGCAUCUGCCUUUGUCUCUGUGCAGCGAGGUCUCGAUGUUCACAUCCUUUGCCAGUUCACUUAUAACAAACAACAUGUAAAUAACUUUUCAACAUUCUAUGGUUACUGGUUUAAGAGUAAGGAAGAGCCAUUCCAAUGCGCUUCAGUCCCCAGCCAAAGCAAACCAGAUCUUCUCAUGACCACCAACAAGGAAGGACAAACCAUUAAGGAAUCCACUAAGAACCGGAUCCAUUUAGAUGGGGAUCUAGAGCAAGGCAACUGCUCCUUUUGGAUCAAUGAUGCCCAGUUAGAGGAUGAAGGAUCAUACUACUUUAGAGUCGAACAAGGAAAUAUCUUAAAAUACAGUUUUUAUCACAAAACACUUCAAGUUUUCAUGACAGGCAAGCAUCUUCUUUAUUGA